ACUUAUUUGUAAAAUAAUCAUCUUUACUUCUCUCUUCUCUGUGCUAUCCGGUCGUGGAAGAACUAGUAGAAGACCCGUGCGUCCGCACGGGAACAUGUCAGGCAACCAACCAGCACGCAUCAGACAGGGUAGAGAGACCCAGACUGCGUCGGCUAGAUGCGAGCGGGCGGCGGCGCAGCUGGCGUCGACUCAGGGACGGGGGCAGGGCCGGGGACGCCGUGUGCGAGUUCCCGUGGACGUGGGGGAGGGUACCUCUUCAUCUGGAUCUAGGAGUCGGUUGGCUCGGGUAUCUUCUUUCCGCCAGCGAGAGGAGGAGGAGGAGGAGGAGGUGGCAGUGCCAUACCUUGAGCCGGAGGGGGUACCGGAUGUUGACCCUCCACCUGGGGAGGAGGAUGAGCAGGAGGACAGCUACCUGGGAGGGCCCAUUGACACUUCCGUGCUGAUAUCCUACCGUGACCACGUCGCUAGGCGUAUCUGGGAGGGAGAGGAGAGAGAUCCUUUGAAAAUGGUGAACCAUACCCAAAAGAUUUUCAAUCUGUUUAAACCAGCAGCUGAGUGGUUUAACGACGCGGUGCGAGGUUCAGGGCUUAGCGGGCUCUGCAUGACGGGGUACAUCACCAUCAGCCACGGCAUGCAGGGGGCAUUUGUGGAGCGCUGGCACAAGGAGACGUCUUCUUUCCACUUGCCGGUUGGGGAGAUGACGAUCACCUUGCAUGAUGUGCAGUGUCUUCUCCACCUGCCCAUCAGGGGGCUGCUGUUGACCCACUCCCGGAUCCAGAGGGUCGAGGCCAGUCAGUGGAUGGCGCUCUAUUUGGGCAUGGAGCCCGAAGUUGCUGACUUUGAGUGUGCCACGAUAUCUGGGCCUCAUAUCCGGUUCACCACACUGAGCCGCUAUUUCGAGCACCACCUAGACGCAGCGGCCGAUGCCGAAGCCGCGGGUGACGAUCUAUUCACACAGUAUCACCGCGGCUGCGCUCUCCGGUGCUGGUACAUGCAUGUGGUAGGCGUUGCAUGCUUUGUGGACAAGAGUGCAAGGUACGUCGACGUGACCUACCUCCGCUACUUCAUGGACCUGGAUACCGUUCACCAGUGGAACUGGGGGGCAGCUACUCUGGCAUACCUCUACCAAAAGCUGAAUGAGGCCUCCAACUGGAGGACGAGGCAGUUGGUUGGAUCCUGCACACCCGACGCUCCCGGCGCUCCUAGGCAAGCACACGAGGAGAUCCUCGAGAACCAGCAGGCCGAGGAUGACCACGCCAUUGAUCUCCUGCCGAUCUGCCAGCGGAUAUAGAUGCUUGGGCGGGACGCGUUGGAUCGAGGUGUCGUUCAUCAGGGCGGUCCAGAGGCAGUCGCCGUGAUGGAGAUGAUCGUCACUGAUGCAGGCCGUGCGGCGGCAUACAGGCGGCAGAGGAGGGCCCAGGGUGAGAGGGUUAGGCACACCCAGUAGUGGUCGGGUUUAUUUAUUUUUUGUUUUCGGAUUGUAUCUUUAGCACAGUAUUUUUAUUUGGAUUUGGAUCGGCUUGAAUUAUAUGACUCAAUAAAAUCCAAAUGAAUAAAAUAAAUAUUUUCUAAUUAAAAUUAAACUAUAGGAAAAAAUGCAAAAGCCCAUUCUUGAUUAGGGAUCGGUUUAUUUAAAAAAUAAAUAAUUAAACAAAAAAGGAAAAGAAAAUUUUUGAAUAAUAAUUUUUAUAACAAAAUAAAUAAGUUUAUACAAAAUUUUGUUCAGUAAAUAGAGUUGUAUAGGCCAUAUAUGAAUAUA